AUGAAGGACAAGGUGCGCAACAAGCUCUCGAAGCGGCAGCACGAGGACGAGGCGAGCUGGUCGACGCGGUCGUGGCUGUCGCUGCAGGCCCAGCGCAUGUCAGGGCUGAGCGAUGAUCUAGGCGCGGAGGACCCGAGCGAUCCGCUGCGCCGCAACGCGACGCGGUGCGGUGUCGACUGGUACGACGCGCCCGCAUGCCAGAGCACGGGGCUCUGGAUGGCCCAGCCGACCCAGCCAGCGGUCAAAUUCUUCGAGCAUUUCCUCGUCAAGCUACAGCGCUCCUGCGAGUGGGAGCAGAGCCUCUUCAAUCGUGCCCUUGGUGAUAUGGUCCCCUCGACAGCACCAGCCAUGCGAUGGAUCGACGCCCUCAACUAUGCGGUGUGGAGCAAGGCGGAGUACGCCAACUAUGGCGUCGCCACGGCACGUCGCGCCCUGCAGCUGCCAGCGGGACGCGUCGCUGUUCACUUCGGCUACGUCCCUCCCAGCAACAAGAGCGAGAUCAUGGCGGCCGGAAUCUGCAGCCUCGCCAACCAGCCCGCGGGUGCUGCGUACCCCGGCGAGGCUUGGACCGACGCUGAGGCGAGGGACGCCGGAUGUGCCGUCGUGUCGCAGUCGUAUCUCUACGUUGAGGGCGGUGGCGCCGUCCGACUGCCCGACCUCACCGCCGUGUCGCGCGGCGUCAUCGUGCGUUUCAACUCGGAGAUCUCCUCGCUGACCUUGGACCGGCUUGCCACUGUAUCGGGGCCGCUCUCCGUGCGAGAGAAUCCGCAGCUGGAAGUGAUUAAGAUGGGCAGCCUCGGGACCGUUCGGGGCGGCAUCACGGUAACUGGCAACGUCCAGCUAGCUUCCCUCAGGUUGCCUCACCUCGCCUCCGUCGGGGGCUAUAUCGACGUAAGCGAGAACGGGCAAAGCGGGGCGUGGCUCUGCGAGCUAGGGGAGUACGCUGGCAGUUGCUCCCAGCAAUCGUGA